AUGGGAGGGUGUUACAGCCAUGUUUCAGUUCACGAUGUGGAAUGUUCAUGUAAGCAUCACCGGGAUGAUGGUGCAUGUGAACAUGGUGGGGACAGUAUCAGGUUAAGAAGGUCCUGUGAGUUUGUAUCAAUGUACAGCAAAAAGGGUUCAAAAGGAGUUAAUCAAGAUGCAUUGACCGUGUGGAAGGACUUCACUGGAAAGAAGGACAUGAUGUUUUGUGGGGUGUUUGAUGGUCAUGGUCCUCUAGGGCAUAAGUUUUCACAGUCUAUACGUGACAAACUACCCUCAAAACUCUCAGCAUCAAUCAAACAGUCACAAACAGAAAAGGUCAUCAAACACAAUGAGACUAAUCCUACAGAUGGAAGUAGUCAUAAUGUCUACGGUGACGAUAACCAAAACAUGUCCUUUUCUUCAUGGGAGGGAAGCUUCAUGAGGUGCUUCAGGGAAAUGGAUGAAGACCUUGCCAAGAACAUAGACACUAAAGGAUUUCUUGGGGGUAGCACUGCUGUAACCAUUAUCAAACAGCGCGACCAAUUAAUAAUUGGAAAUUUGGGGGAUUCUCGUGCAGUUCUUUGCAGAAGAGCACAUGACAACCAUCUUGUUCCUGUUCAACUUACUGUUGACUUGACCCCAGAUAUUCCAAGUGAAGCUUUAAGAAUCAUUAAUAGCGGAGGUAGAAUUUUUUCUGCAAAAGGAGAUCCCUGUGUAAAUAGAAUAUGGAGGCCAAAUGGGGAUCGCCCUGGUCUAGCUAUGGCAAGAGCCUUCGGAAAUUUUUGCCUGAAAGAUUAUGGUCUCAUCUCAGUCCCCGAUGUAUCAUACAGAAAACUUACCAAGCAGGAUGAGUUUGUGGUUUUGGCUUCUGAUGGGGUAUGGGAUGUGCUAACAAACAGUGAAGUAAUAAACAUAGUUGCUUCAGCACCGAAAAGGUCCAUGGCAGCCAAGUUGUUAGUGAAACACGCAGUUCAAGCUUGGAGACGAAAGUGUGUUUUCAAGGUUGAUGAUUGUACAGCUAUAUGCUUGUUCCUGAAAGAUUAGACUCUUUUAAUCCAAUCCUGAUCCAACGUGAGUGGGAACAUUAACAUCUCUUAA